AUGGCGUCCCCCAAGACUUCCGCCGAACCAGAUACACCCUUCAGCAGUCCAUUCAAACAGUCAGAUCCCUUGGAUAAGGCGGGCGAUGGCCUCUGGCAGCAUUAUCUCAAUACCGUUGAAGCCGAAGACGUAGCCGACGUCGAUAGCUGGAAUGGGUCGACCAAUGGCAUCUUGACCUUCACUGGCCUAUUCGCGGCAACCGUUGCUACAUUUGUGAUCGAAAGCUACCAAUCCCUAUCACCAGACUCAGGAGCGCAGACGGCGGCGCUCCUCUACCAACUCGUCAACGCGAAUGGCACCACUCCUUCCAUUCCCCUCUCGGACAUCAGUACAGGUCCCUUUCAAGUACCGUUGCUGGCUCUCGUCGUGAACAUCCUCUGGUUCAUCAGCCUCAUCAUCUCUCUUGGGUGUGCUUUGCUCUCUACUCUGAUACAGGAAUGGACUUGGAGUUACCUGCGCGACGUGAAGCGCUGA